AUGUCGGGUCUUGCGCCCUCCAACGUGGUUAUCAUUCACCCGGACCUAGGAAUUGGAGGCGCAGAACGGCUCAUCAUCGACGUCGCCCUGGCUCUGCAGAACCGCGGCCACCGUGUGACGAUCUACACCUCCCAUUGCGACGAGACGCACUGCUUCGAGGAAGCGCGCGAUGGCACACUGGACAUUCGUGUUCGCGGAGACACAUUAUUCCCAGCCCAUGUCUUCGGCAGGCUUCAUAUCCUCAUGGCUUCGCUGCGUCAGCUCCAUCUGACACUGUCGCUAUUGAUGGAGCUCGGAUCGAGGGGCGAAUCAACAGCAAAAGACAAGGCUGUCCCUGCAGAGGAAGACCAAGAUGAUAUUUUCAUUGUUGACCAGUUACCAGCCUGUGUACCUAUCCUCAAAACCUUUAGUCAGCCGCGCAAGUCCCGACGCCAACGAAUCUUGUUCUACUGCCAUUUCCCCGAUCAAUUGCUCGCACGACGAAACGAAGGCAGCUCGUUUCUCCGAUUAGCGAAGACCGUGUACCGGUUCCCUUUCGAUUGGUUCGAGGGGUGGGCGAUGAGUGCAUCGGAUCGAGUCGUCGCCAACUCGAACUUUUCGCGCGGCGUAGUGCGCAGUGUGUUUGGAUCCGAGAAGCUCGGGGAUGUCGAAGUGGUCUACCCAUGUGUCGAUACAGACCCUGGAGCUGCGACGCCAGCAAAGGAGCCGGAAGAGGCGCUUUGGCCUGGCAAGAAGAUCCUACUGAGCAUCAAUCGUUUCGAGCGGAAGAAGGACAUGGGUCUAGCCGUCCACGCAUACAAUGGGCUGGGCGCAGAAAAAAGGAACGGGACACGAUUGGUAAUUGCUGGUGGUUACGACAAUCGCGUCCAAGAAAAUGUUCAGUACCACCAAGAACUCGACGAUCUCGCGAAGGGACUUGGCCUACGAACCGCAACCACAAAGUCAGUGGUUUCCGCGCUGUCUAUUCCCGACGAUAUCGAUGUCCUGUUCCUUCUCUCCGUCCCCACCACCUUUAAGAAUAUUCUGCUCGCACAGUCCAGGCUACUUCUAUACACCCCGAUCAACGAGCACUUCGGGAUCGUUCCCGUUGAAGCUAUGCGUGCCGGGCUGCCUGUACUAGCCUCGAACACCGGCGGACCAUUAGAGACAAUCGUGGAAGGCGAAACGGGCUGGCUCCGGGACGCUCACGCGGUUGACGAAUGGACCGCGGUUAUGGACCAGGUGCUCUAUGGCAUGACCCAAACGGAGGUAGAUCGUAUGGCUGCAGCUGGAAAAGCUAGAGUAGAGCGAGAAUUUUCGCUCACAGCCAUGGGCGAUCGACUGGAAGAGGAGAUCUCCACGAUGUUGUUGGCGGAGAGGCGUCCUUUCCACGGGUGGCAGCAGGUGCUUGUCACCCUAGCCCUCCUUGGAUCCUUCCUUGCAGUGGCCAUUGCUCUUUUACUUCGUAAAGCGUAA